AAUCUCUUACAUUUUUCUUUUAACAUGGUUCUCCAUUUCUACAGUUAUUUUUCUAUGAUAUACUGUUCAAUUCUGGUUUUCCGCAUGUGCUACACUAAAAGAGAAAAUUCACUUUAACUUUAUUGAUAUUUUGGAAUGAAUAGUAAGAUAUAUGAAGUUUUGAUUUAGGUAGAGGGAUUACAAUGUUUGUUGUUUAAUUUGUUUUCAAUUUAUUCAGUAUGGCUGUUGCUGCUGUUGUUCAUUCAAUAAUGUUUGUCUUCAUUGUUCAUUGUUUUGGCAGACUUAGAUUACAAAUGAUCAUCAAUCUCUCUUCCUAUUCAGUUUCUGCAACAUAUUUUUCGACACCUCAUUUUCAAUUUUUUUUCUGUAUGCAAUAGAAUAAACUUCAUUAUUAUUAAAACAUGCUAUUUUUAAACAUCUGCUUUAUUCAAUUUAUCAACAGCCAAUCAGCAUCUUCGUAUAGACAGAUGGAGUUCUCCGAAGGGGGCUGAAACUUUUUUGUAACCUUAAUUGAGUUCAGUUUUCGGUUUCAAUUUACGUUUGUGUCCGAUCCACUCUAUCGUUCCGUACACCUUAGACACCAUAACCACAACUGUAUAUAUUUCUGGUGCUUAAAACGAAUUACCAUCAAUACGAACGUCUCUUCGUCGUCGCGGUACUGAUUUUCGGUUACGCAAUGCGAAAACAAAUUUCGCUAGGAUUGCUGAACAAACAAUCGAACAAACUUUCCGGCGCUGACCUUUUCCCCCUAAGUUUGGACAUUUAUUUACUUGUGUUGCUGUACAAGCCAUCAAAUCCUAUAUAAUUGAAGAUAAUAACAAUAUACUGCUUUUCUCGAAGUCAACCUGUUGGAACUUUUGGAUAUGUACGGUAAAGACGCCAAUGUUGACAAUAAACUAUGUUUAAGAAAAAUAGCUUAACCAUACAGACAUCGACUACAGAAGCUGGUACGUUGUCAGAAAAUACCUGAUUGGAGUCAACGUCCUUUUCGGCGAAAAGCAUCAUGCAGAAGCACGUAGUGGCUGGAGGCUUUCAGUAGAGGAUCAUUUAGGUUGGCGAGCGUCUUACCGUGCCAUCAAUUAGCUGACAAUGAUUAAUCCCUAAUCUGUGAAUAAAUUUUACUGACCGCCCACAACGUUGCAUUGAGAAACUGAACCGUCGUGAGCUGAUAGUAGUGAUAGUAGUAAUAUAAUAUAAUGGAACCCGGCAAUAAAAAGGUUCAUCACCUCCGGAUCUUGCUGUUUCUGGUGGCUAGGAUGUCCUGCCUGCCGAUGUCAAUUGGAGCAUCGUUAAGCCUCCUCCGGCAACCUCAUGCUGCCACUUGUGAUUGCUUGUAUAGUUCAGCACAAAGUAAUAGUAAUAAUAAUAAUAUAAAUAACAGCUGGACUAUAGCUAACAGGAAAACUGAAACGGCCGGGUUUGCUAGCCGGCAGUAUGAGGUGCAUAUAGGAUUCCUCGCAGGAUAUGUUCAUUCGAAGGUUAUAUUGGGCGCCUUACUACUGGCCAUCGAAAAUAUCAAUAACGACACCACGCUGCUUCCCGGUAAAACGAUUAAGCUAAAGCCGGUCGAUAUAGGAGCGCAGAAAUCUCUAAAAGCUUAUCCCAUCCGGAAAAUGACGGAAAUGAGAGACGAAGGAAUCGUAGCUUUUAUUGGUCCGGACGAAACUUGCACUACGGAAGCGUUGGUAGCAGCUGCCUGGAACAUUCCAAUGAUUUCAUAUAAAUGCGCCGAUGCUGCUGUCACAGACAAAACUGUAUACAGCAGCUUCGCCAGAACUCUGCCACCGGCGACAAAAGUGUCCAAAAGUGUCGUUUCGUUGCUGCUGGCGAAUAAUUGGCACUGUUUCACUAUAGUAGCUGGAAAACAUCCUGCCUGGAGUAUGGAAAUCGCGCACGCCGUAAAGACACAGGCGGAGACUUAUAAUCUAACUGUCAAUCAUUACCGGGAGUACUCUGAUUAUAUUCCAUCGAAAAUUUACAAAUUGCAGAAUAUAGUGGAUGAAACCUACCAAACAACUAGAAUUUACAUUUUUGUUGGAGAAUACAUCGAAAUGGUAGACUUCGUGCGAUGCUUGCAGAACAGAAACCUGCUGGAUAGUGGUGAUUACCUUGUGAUAUCGAUUGAUGACGAAAUUUACGAUUCGAGCACCAAACGGAACAUAUAUCAAGAGUAUUCUGACUUCUAUCAAAAGUACAUUGGCAAUUCGAAGGAAAAGUUUCCGAAUCGUAAACGAUACAGCUAUAAAGACAUCCAGGAGCGGCUGCAGGAGGCGUUUCUGUCAGUUUUACGGAUAUCACCGUUAUUUCCACUAAACCCGCAAUACAAGAAAUUGUGUCAUCAAAUAAAAUGGUACGCAAGACAGGAGCCCUUUCAUGUGCCGCUUCCAGCGAAUCCCAAAAUAUUCCAAGAAAUUCAGGUACCGAUACAUGCUGCCCACUUGUACGAUGCAGUGCUAAUCUAUGCUAGGGCCGCAACAGAGGUGCUCCAGCGCGGUGGUGACCUUCGAGACGGUAGACAGAUUAUGCGCCAUAUAUUCAACCGUUCGUAUCAUUCGAUACAAGGAUUCGAUGUCUACAUCGAUGCAAACGGGGAUGCGGAAGGCAAUUUUUCAGUCAUCGCCCUGCAGAAAGAUGAGAAAGUCAACAACUCACUCAACAAGUCCAUGCAGCCGGUGGGAAUGUUCGUGUACAGCAGCAACAGUACCAAUUUGCCCGAGUUUAAAUAUUUGAGCUCAUCGAGACCGAUCAUGUGGGUGAAGGGACGACCACCACUGGCGGAGCCACCCUGUGGGUUUCAUAACGAGAAAUGUCGUCCGAAGACACGCGAUUGGCGAUAUAUCACAGGAAUGACGGUGGCUGGCCUGUUCAUCACCGUUCUGGUCGUCAUUCUUUUCAAACAUUAUCGUUACGAGCAGACCUUGGCAUGUCUUUUAUGGAAGGUGGAAAUGAAAGAUGUUACUAUUAUUAAUUCGCCGGAUGCAUUAUACUGCAAUGAAUCGAAGAAGAAAUUGACGCAGGUCUGCAGGCCGAGUAUAAUUACGGCGGGAGGAGAUGCAACAAAACGUGCAUUUACUAACAUUGGCCUAUAUCGUGGAAACAUAGUGGCGAUUAAAUAUUUACACAAACGAUCGGUGGACAUCACCCGGACCAUCAGAAAAGAACUGAAACAGAUGCGAGAGUUACGUCAUGAGAACUUAAUUACAUUUAUUGGUGCUUCCGUGGAUACUGGGGCCGUAGCUCUACUGACAAGUUAUUGUGCUCGAGGCAGUCUUCAGGAUGUUCUGGGUAAUGAGGACUUAUCACUGGAUCAUAUGUUCGUUUCAUCACUGGUUAGUGACAUCAUGAGGGGACUGAUAUAUCUGCAUGACAGCGAUGUUAUUUCGCAUGGGAAUCUGAGAUCUAGUAAGAUACUAAUCGACUCACGGUGGGUUGCGCAGAUUUCUGACUUUGGACUGCACGAAUUCAAAUCUUCUCAGGAGGAACCAAAUAAGUUCGAUAAAGAGUUGCAUCGAAGUCUUUGGAAAUCUCCGGAGAUACUUCGCAACCCCAGCACUCCUUCAAAAGGAACACAGAAGGGGGACGUUUAUUCGUUUGGAAUAAUCCUCUACGAAAUCAUGGGACGCAAGGGUCCUUGGGGAGAUAUACAGCUGAGUAAUCAAGAGAUCAUUGCGAGAGUGAUUUCUCCCCAGAAUUACGGGAUAUUCAGACCUCCACUCCGAAUACUAGAUGUUCCAGACUAUGUGAUCCAGUGUUUACAUGCAUGCUGGGAAGAGGAUCCCGAUGAAAGACCCGAUAUUAGAUUGGUGAGAGUCAAAUUGAAACCAAUGCAGGCUGGAUUGAAACCUAAUAUCUUUGAUAAUAUGUUGGCUAUUAUGGAGAAGUAUGCUUACAACCUUGAAGGUAUUGUUCAGGAACGUACCAACCAACUUACAGAAGAGAAAAAGAAAACCGAAUCUUUACUUUUACGAAUGUUACCAAGGAGCGUAGCCGAGUCAUUGAUGCGUGGGGAACGUGUCGAAGCGGAAUGCUUUGACUGUGUGACAAUUUUCUUCAGCGAUUUGGUUGGUUUCACCGAGCUCUGCGCUCAGAGCACUCCAUUUGAAGUUGUGGAAAUGUUGAACGAUCUUUACACAUGUUGCGAUUUCAUAAUCUCGAGUUACGACGUGUACAAGGUGGAAACCAUAGGCGAUGCUUAUAUGGUCGUUUCUGGUUUACCAAUUCGGAAUGGAGAUCGUCAUGCCGGAGAAAUUGCAUCCCUGGCUUUGCAUUUACUGAAGUCCUUAUCUAAUCUGGAAAUUCGUCACCGCCCAGGUGAAUAUGUUCAGAUUCGAAUAGGAAUACACUCCGGGCAGUGCGUUGCUGGAGUGGUCGGACUGAAGAUGCCCAGAUAUUGUCUGUUUGGAGAUACCGUAAACACGGCUUCACGAAUGGAGAGUUCCGGUGAAUCGUUGAAGAUACAUACCUCAUCGGUGACGUAUAACCUGUUGAAAAAAAUGGGCGGUUACAAGUUCGAGGAACGUGGUCUUAUUAAAGUGAAGGGUAAAGGAGACAUGAGAACAUAUUGGUUGAUCGGAGAAGAUGAUCAAAAGAAGAUGGAUAGAUUCGGUUCCAAUGAUGCGGUUACAAAUCUCUCGUUAUCAUUUGUACCGGACUUGAUCCAAACUCCUAGACAGUCGCAAACUAAUUUAGCAGAUUCAAUUCGGCAACUUAUCAGAGUUGAGUCUGCUGCAAUAUAUGCACCGCACCACAGCUGCAGUAAUCAGGAACUUCCUGCACUUAACGCUCCGUCCAAUUUGGGCUGUUAUAUAUGCCAUAAACGUAAAUCCAACCAACGACCUCCAGUUAUUUACGCCGUAUCGCAAAAUUUUUGCUCUAAUAGAGUUACAGCAGAGAACAUUACAGAUUGUAAUAUGGAUUUAGAUACUGUUUGCACUUGUCGAAAACAGCACUGCUUGCUUGAAUAUUACAACGAUAGCCUAAUGACAGUGCGAACUAUUCGAGAACCGAGAUCGGCACCUCAGAUUACGUUUAUGCAGUGAACAGCAGAUUUCUUGUAGAAAUAACCGACAACCUGAUUCAACCGAACGGUUUCAAUUAUGUACCAUAAAUAAUUUUUAAUGUUAUUAUAUGAUGUUAA